AGCCGCACAUGUGGGGCCACACUGACAGAGAGACUCCAGACCGACUCCUCUGCGCUCCUGCGUCCCCCUCUGAAACACUUUGCGAAGGAGCGACACUCUGGAUGAUUAACUUCCCACCUCUGGAGGAUUAUUAAUUAUUAUUUUUAUUAUUAAUGUUUUUGUUGUGCGAUAUUUCGUUUUAGAAGAACCUUGAAAAUGGAUUUACACGUUUUGAUUUCCGUGCUAUCAGUGAUGUACUCCUGGAUUUUGCACACAGCCCUUGCAGUGCCGACUGGACGGACACCCGCUGACCCCGCCGCCACCCCGGGGCGCCAUGUGCGGACCAAACGCUGCUCCUGCGCCACUUUCCUGGACAAGGAGUGCGUCUACUUCUGCCACCUGGACAUCAUAUGGGUCAACACACCUGAGCGCGUGGUCUCCUACGGACUGGGCAACGCUCCCAGGACGAGGCGCGCGGUGGCGGACUCCAUGGCAACCAGCAGCGGACCCCGGUGCCGGUGUUCCCGCGAGGGCGACAACACCUGCAGGAACUUCUGCCGGCUGGAAAACCAGCUCAGGUAUGGGACGCCGCCAGACUCGGUGAUCCGCUCUGCCGAGGGCGAUGCUUGUGUUGAGGCGCAGUGCAAACACAAGCUGGCAGCCGACACGGGCAGGAUUAAGAGGAUGAAGGACAGCCACGAGAAACGGGCGUCGCCUCCAGCAAUGAGGGCCGCCUUGAAAACCCGCCUGCUGCUGCAGAAGUGGCGGACGAGACAGCGCCACAGGGCGAGAGCGUGGGAGGGUGAGAGCGCGGCCUCCUAAAGGAGAAAGAUAACCUCCGCACCUUGUCAUGCAGAGGGGGAAAGGCUUUCAUAACCAUGGGCCCUUCUCUGAAGCCUCCUGCCUGUGGGGAGCCCCCUGUGGUAGACAAUGGACAGGCCCUAACAAGGCCGGCACACCUCCUCCAUGUUGGCUUCGUGGCUGCGGUGUGCGGUGAGGCGUCUGCAGCAGAGGAGAGGGCAUUCACACCUGGACCCGGUUGCACUUCACGAGACAGACGAACCAACGAGUGCAGGGGGUUCAGGUGAACGUAGAUAAGCUGAACUGAGGACUUGGCCCGUCCCGGUCUGCAAGAUCAAGGACAUUCAUCGAUCUCGCAGGUGCCACGGCCAGUCUCUGUCUCUGCUACUCCUUUGGACUUGGAAAACCCCACCACCAUGCAGCUAAUACAUCCCUCCGUUAGAGAAAAUGCAAACCACUGGCGUACACGCACGAAGACUGUCCUGCUUAUCACAUUUCACAAUGACGCCCACAGGUGCAGGAACAGACUGUUACGUGAGCACAGAGGGGAUUGUGUGUCUGCCGUCGCUGCUUCACACGAUGUUGAUGCAAUGUUUUUCACCGACUGAAACUAUUUACUGCGUUUUACGUAACCUCCUGCCUCCUGUAUGUCGGGGCACAGGUUGUUGUAGCCAUGCAGUACAGUAGCUGCUUUAUAAGUGGAUCUUAUCACAGGUUUCUUAACAUUUAUCCUAAUUUAAGUUGUCACUAAAUGUGCCGUGUGUGUUCUCGCUGUGUUUUAUUUAUUUAUUCUUUCUACACGUUGUAAUCCGAUGGCCAUAUUGGUCCGUCACAUGUCUGGUUUGUCAUUUCUGUGAAAUGUUUUGUCACCGAGGUGCCAAAGUUUGGCAAAAAUUGAAAUAAAUUUUGACACACUUAUUUAAAAAAGAAA